AUGCUGAACAUAUUAUGGAUGAAAUUUUCUUAUGCUUGUAUUGCAACAACUUGUAAACAUGAUGAGAAUAUUAUAAUUUUACUUUUGAAAACAAUUGGUAGAAGAGUAACAACAUAUGACAUUGUUGAGCUUUUUAACGUAGAUGAUAUGAUGCUUCUUGAGAUGGUUAGAAGACAGCUGAGAAUUUAUCUGGUGCCAAAGCAUACACUAGAUUUUGUUAUGACUGGAUCACUUGCCGUUCUUGUUAAGCUUUCAGAAACUACCGACCUCUUUCUCACGAAUCUAUUACAUACUUUGAUUCUGAAACUUGGAUUCGCAACUGACACUUUCACUGCGAAUCUCCUCAUAAAUAAGUAUGUCAAACUCAGAGAAAUCAACACUGCACGCAAGGUGUUCGAUGAAAUGUGCGAACCAAAUGUCGUUUCCUGGACUUCGGUUAUUUCUGGAUACAACGACACGAGUCAACCACAAACUGCUCUUUCUAUGUUUCAGGAGAUGCACAAAGCCAGAUCCGUGUCUCCCAACGAGUUCACGUUCGCUAGCGUCUUUAAAGCCUGCUCGGCUUUGGCAGAAUCAAGAAUCGGGAAAAACAUCCAUGCCCGUCUUGAGGUUUCCGGGCUCAGAAGCAACACCGUGAUGAGUUCCUCUCUUCUUGACAUGUAC